AUGUUUUCCAGAGUAAGUCUGAUUCUGAUCGGAGCUGCGUACAUCUACUAUCAGGUCAACGCAUUAGACUGUGGCUUUGCUGAGCUGGAAGUGGAUAAUAACAUCACGAUGAAGACCCAGACUAUCUUGUCAGGUCUGAACAUGUCAGUGUCAAUCCAGGUGGAGCAAGCGGUUUACGUCAACGUGAUGAUUUCAGAAAUCAAACUGGUUUCAGAAUGCUUUCUGAUUGGAGACACAACCAGUUGCAAUUGCUCUGUCGGGUACAGUUGGAGCAACGAAGUGUGCUACAAUUCCUCAUGCUGCACCGAAACAACUUGCACACAAAACGUGGCCCACAUCGAACCACUCUGCGUGGCCAAAGUCCAAGUUUCCAUUAAUGGAUCUGUUACGCUGACGUCUGGAUUCUGGGAUGCUGACAAAACUACAAAGCUGAAGAGUGCUUUCAGAUCUCGAUUGAAUGGCUAUGAGUCCCUGAACAUAACUGGUAGCAGCGCCGAAACUGCUGACUUCAAGGCAGUCGUCUGCAUCAAACUAAAGACCUCUGUACUUAAUCAAUUGCUGGAGGAUCUGAUGGCCAAUCUCUCAGCUAAGGUUCGGGUCGACAAUGUAGGAAUGGUCAACAUCACAGCUCCAGAGGAUAUCGUGGCCUACAAGUCCAGCCCAACACUGAAAUGCACAUUUGAGGGGGCAGUACACAGCACUGGCUGGAAGUUGAUCAGGGAACAAAAGCCUUUGGAGCUCACGAGUGGUACUGUGGUGACUGUCACAGACUGCAGUAGCGAUCCGAAAUACAGUUCCUGUAUUGCAGUUACACUCAACAAAGUGACUGGCUACGGAUCAGGUACAUAUGAGUGUCGAUUCACUUUUGGGUCAGUCACACACACAGCCAAGGCAGAGCUGAAAGUGUCACUCCUGCCUGAAGAGAUCACCAUGAAAAUCGAUCCACCUGUAGCAGACUGUUCAAACAGCAGUAACUUAGAAGUGACUGUGACUGCCACCAUCCAAAAUAGCAAUGAGAGCUACAACGUUUCAUGGCAAUUCCCUGGAGCGAAGCUAAGUAGAGGAUCCGGACCAGCAUCGGACAAAUUUUGUGAUUUACAUGAAGAUUGGCCAAAAACCCCAGAAGGAGGUACAGUGAUUAAUCAGUGUGAAAAUGGCAAGACUGGUUACAGGUCUCGUACUUGUAAAGAUGGCGAGUGGAAGACAGUGUUCUCCUCCUGCAUCAGCGCAGAGUUGAAGAAAGUUAUAAAUGCAGCAGAGGACUUCAAGACGGGCAUAGGGGCUACACAGGAAGCAGCCAUGGGGAUCUUUGAAUCGCUUAAGGACACCACUACAUCUACUUCUAGUAAUGACCCUGCUGGAAUCAGUGCUUCUAUCAGCAUAAUGAAAGUAAUGGCCACUGGAUCAGAAAGCAUCACCUUGAAGGAAGAAGUCUUUGAUGAUUUUCUUAAUGCAGCGAGCAAUUUAUUGGCCAACAACUGGACAGGAGUCAACGAAUCUAUAACAAAUGAUAUGUCAUUACAAUACCUUGACGGUGUGGAGAAUCUGGUGAAGAACAUCCAAGUGAACAACACUUUGAAUAUCUCCAAACCAAACUUGGACCUCAAAGUCUCAAAAGGGGACUGUAAUAUCUCGGUGUUUGAUGUGACUGUUCAACUCAACGAGACUGGCGGACAGUUCAAAACUGUUGGUGUGAGAAAUCUGAUGGAAAAAUUAAACAACAGGUUUAAACCAACAUCAACAGCUCCGCAUAACCUUAUGCUGAUAGUCACAAAGAACGGCAGUUCAUCCACCGAGAUUACAAUGGACUUCCCCAUCAAGCAGCUGAACGACACUGAACUACACUGUGUCUUCUGGGACACCAAAAACAUGACCUGGUCAGACACAGGUUGCAGAGUUGAACGUGAUAGUAAUCACAGUGAUAGUAAUCACAGUGAUAGUAAUCAAAUUGAUAGUAAUCACACAGUCUGCAAGUGCACCCACCUGACUUCAUUCGCUGUCCUCAUGUCCAAGUGCAAUACACCUAACAACGACAAAUCUAACGUCAUCCUAGAGAUCAUUACCUAUGUUGGCCUGGCAGUAUCCAUCUGCUCUCUGGUGAUCCUCCUCAUCAUUGAGGCUCUCGUGUGGUCAGUUGUGGUCAAGACUGAUCUCUCAUAUUUCCGUCACACAGCACUGGUGAACAUCGCCGUGUUCCUCUUGCUCGCUGACUGCAGUUUUUUGGCAUCUAUGUCACCUGAGAACCUCAGUGAUCAAUGGUGCCUAAUUUUGACCUUAUGCAGACACCUAUUUUAUUUGGCCAUGUUCAGCUGGAUGCUGUGCAUGAGCGUCAUGCUCACCCACCGGCUCAUCUUUGUCUUCAACCCGCUAAGGAAAAGAGUCUUCAUGUUCCUAUCCAGUAUCGUAGGCUAUGGUUGCCCAGUUCUCAUUGUGGGAAUCAGCUAUGUCUAUUGCAGAUACAACGAGAAGGAAUACUAUAACAAGAAAACAUGCUGGCUAGUUUUUGAUGGAACCUUGGAUGGCUCGUUGUUUGCUUUCCUCAUCCCUGUGGGAACUGUUAUUUUCACAAAUCUUUUUUCAAUGGCGGUCGUCAUUUUUACUCUGUUGAAGUCCUCCGCCCCUGAUGGCAGCAAGUCGGAUGAGAAGGAGACAUUUAAGAGCAUCAUUAAAGUGGUGAUCUUUCUCACACCAGUUUUCGGAGUAACAUGGGGUAUUGGCUUCCUUCUGCAAAUAUUAAAUAAGGACCACGAGGCAUAUCCUUUUCUUCUGUACAGUUCCACCAUCCUCAAUACCUUCCAGGUAAUUUGA